GAUUACACGCGUAAAAAAAUAAUAAUUUGGACUCUUAGCAUACAAAAAUCAUAUCCGUUAAGAGGAUAAUCAAAAUAUUAAAAUAAACCUUACAAAAUAAAAAAAAAUAUUGUAAAUAAUGUUUUUUUUUAAUCGAAUAACAAGUAAGAUGUGUUUCGCGCGCAAAGUGUUCUAAAAGUGCAAGCAAGUGAUGAAGCUAAGUGUAAGCGCGUACCGCGCCCACGCCGCGGCGCACAAGAAAAUCCUGACGUCAUCGUACCAGCAGCACUACGGCAGCACUGCGGCGCCGCCACACUGCCCAUUGCAACCCACUAACUUCACACCACAGGCUGAAGAGGGCACUACAAGAACACCGGAAGGAGAUGACAACGAUGGCAGUGAUCCUAACGCAGGUUCGUCGAGAGGUUUAUCCGCAGCUACUUCCAGAGAAGAAGAUGACGACUCAAGUAAUAACGCAAGCAAUGAAUCCAAAAGUCCUGGACAAAGAACAAAGUCGAACCAAAGAUGGAUGAAGCUACGGACGACGGUGCAGUUGAGUUCCGCGAUCCAGAAGAAACCGCCAUUGAAGAGAGAAGAUUCCUUUCUAAAGCGGUUCUCGACGAGACAAAUCCCGGAAACUCAGGAAACUGUAGAAGAUACUGGAUCAGAAGGAGCGACUGGGGAGCAAAGGCUGAACAACCGCAAGAGGCGGCGGAAAGUGCGCGUGCCUCGUACUGUAGUGAACCCUGAUGAGAACUUCUACUUCUACUGGCUGUGGCUGAUCACUAUCUGCGUGCUGUACAACUUGUGGACCCUCAUCGUGAGACAAAGCUUCCCUGAAUUACAGAUAAUGUGCCACUACUUCUGGCUGACGUGCGAUGGAAUUGGAGACGUGGUGUUCGCCCUUGACUUGGUAGUACAACUUCGGACUGGAUAUUUAGAACAAGGGCUUAUGGUUUACGAUUCAAAGAAGCUAGCCAAGCAUUAUCUGGCAUCGCGGCCUUUUCUGUUGGACAUCGCAGCCUUAACGCCGUUAGAUCUGCUACAACUGAAGAUUGGAACUAACCCAAUUAUACGUUUUCCAAGAUUUCUCAAGGUUUACCGAGCAGUGAGCUGUUACUAUAUAGUGGAGUCACGGACAGUGUACCCGAACUUCUGGCGCGUCAUCAACCUCAUCCAUAUCCUGCUGAUAUUGGCGCACUGGUUUGGCUGCUUUUACUUUCUUCUGUCCGAAGCCGAAGGAUUUCAGGGUGACUGGGCGUAUCCCCACCGGCCGGGUGACUACGCAACUUUGACCAGGAAGUACCUCGGCUCGCUGUACUGGUCGACGUUAACACUGACUACUAUUGGUGAUCUACCCACGCCUGAAACUAAUGCUGACACUCACGGAGGUCCCAAAUUUUUGCCGCGUCGGGGACUCAAGUCGCGACUGCUUCAGUUCAGAUCUAACCGGGGAUACAUAUUCACGAUCGUUAGUUACUUGAUCGGUGUGUUCAUCUUUGCUACAAUAGUGGGGCAAGUUGGGAACGUUAUCACCAAUAGAAACGCAAACAGACUUGAGUUUGAACGGCUGUUAGAUGGCGCCAAGACAUACAUGAGGCAUCACAAAGUCCCAGGUGGUAUGAAGCGGCGCGUGUUGCGAUGGUACGACUACUCGUGGUCGCGGGGGAGGAUCCAAGGCGGCGGCGACAUCAACACAGCCCUCGGCCUCUUGCCUGACAAACUCAAGACUGAACUUGCCUUGCAUGUCAAUCUGAGUGUGUUGAAAAAGGUUACAAUUUUCCAAGAAUGUCAACCUGAGUUUCUACACGACUUGGUUUUGAAAAUGAAGGCCUACAUAUUCACGCCUGGAGAUUCGAUAUGCAGGAAAGGUGAAGUAGCACGGGAGAUGUUUAUUAUAGCUGAUGGUAUUCUGGAAGUUAUAUCAGAGACCGGCCGGGUUUUGACUACGAUGAAGGCAGGGGACUUCUUUGGUGAAAUUGGCAUACUGAACUUAGAUGGCUUGAAUAAACGCACAGCGGAUGUCAGAUCUGUCGGUUAUUCAGAACUGUUUUCACUUUCGAGAGAAGACGUUUUGGCUGCUAUGAAAGACUACCCGGAAGCUCAAGAUAUUUUACAAACAUUAGGCAGAAAACGUCUACAAGAGGCAAAAAACAUGUCCAGACAGAAAGUCAAAAGUAAAACGACUGGUGAAGUAAGUCCUGAUAAAGGUGGAACUGACGACAGCACUUCGAAGCGUAUAGUACACAAACUUAGAACUGAUGUUAAGGGUAUCCGCAAUGCAAUACGAAGUAGAUCAAGGGUUGGACGUCGUUCAGGUGAAUCUUUAGAACUACAGUCACUAGCUAGCAGUGAACCCAAGUUAAGACGCAUGCCUAGGGUUGAAAGCGACGAUUCCCAACACCAAAACCAAGAUGAUAAUGGUGAAACCACUUCAGGAAGCAAAGAAGGUGAAAAAAUUAUUUCUCCAAUAGGCGCUGGAUUGCCAUUACUAUCUCGUCUUAAGUUACUUAAAGAGAAACAGGAUCGCGAAGAAAAAGUAGCAAAACAAAGAAAUUCGACAUCUUCAGUGAUAUCUCCUCCGCCGAUGCAUCCAACUCCCUCUACGAGCUCUGCACUAGAUACAGAGCCAGAGGUUAUUGGCGCAGGUCUUCCUUUGUUGCAAAGAUUAUUGCUACUAAAGGCAAAAGAUGAAAGGGAAAGAAAUCAAUUAACACCUACUACCAGCAACCAACCAUCAAGCUCUGAAACAAUCAGCCCUAGCUCAAUAAAAAGCCCAUUGAGUCCAACUGUUAAAAAUUUGAGUCCUCUAAGAAAAGGAUCUGAAUCUAGCUCACCGGGUAAGCUUCAGAGCCCAACAACAAAAAUGGCAAGAAAGAAUUCAUCAGGAUCGAGUGAUGGUACAUCGAAACCUAAAGUUAGUUUUAGAGAUAAAAUUCUACAAGUGCAAAGUGAUGGUACAGCAGUAUGCCAACCUCUGAAUAAAGAAAUUAGCGAAAAACCAGCUGCAUUUAUCGAACCAACACCAAAAACAGAAGUAAAUACGAUAUCUAUACCUCACUCUGUCGUUAGCAAAAUCAAAUCACCAGCGAAAUCCAUGGGGUCAACUUUUCGAGACAAAUUAAAAAUUCUGCAAGGUGGAACGUCAGCCAAAGAAAAUGAAACAUCUAUUGAAAAAAGUAAAGCAUCUGAAAAAGCUGCAGCGGAAAUAAACCCCAUACAAACAAAAGAAUCUCAAGAAGAAUCAAAAAAUAAGAAACCAUGGAGUAAACUGAAAAAAGCUGCAAUAUUGGGAGAAUCUAAAAGUUAUAGUAAAACAAGUAUUGAUGAAAAUACAGAAAAUACAGUGGAAGAGGGAAUUGUAGGAAGUUCAGAAUCAAACGUGAAUAUUUGCGUGCCUAUAAUUAAAACAGCAGAGCUUGUUAAGAUAGACAAUAAUAAUAGUGUUAUUCAAAGUGAUAAAGAUAAAGGCGAUAAAUCUGAGAUUAGCCAUUCGAGCUUAGAACAUACCCAACAAAAAUCACUUGAUUUGCUAACCAUGUCACCAAAUAAAGGUCAAAGAUGUGUUAGUAGAUCAAAUGAUCGGAUAGCCUCCGCGAUAGGCACAUCUGGUUUAUUGACAAAAGAUAAAAAAUAUAGGUCAAUAGAUGAUUUAUCGCCUGAGUAUGGAGGGUUACCAUUUGUAAAAAAAUUGAAAAUUUUAAACGAAAGACAAAAGUUAGCAGAACUUGAAAAAGUUAUCAAAAUUCGAAGUUCAAGUCUAGACUGCACAGGCUCUUCAGAAGAUUUAUUAUCAGAUACACUUACUAGAAGUCACUCGGAAGGUAGUACAAUGGACAAACGAAAAUUCAAACGAAAAUCUUCGGACUCGGUAGAAAUGCAUGAAUCAAAUGAAACUCUUGAGAGACGUACACUCAAAUCUAUUUUAAAGAAGUUAUCUGAAGAUGUUACUCCCACAGAAAGCCCUGAAAAAAGUAAUGAGUUAAGAAAAUUAAUUCGUGCUCCAACCUUAGAAGGAUAUGCAGCAAGACACUCUAAAUUUGCGAAAAGCGUAACUUUUCACCGUCAUACAUUACCUUCACCGCCUACUAGUAUGCCUCAAGACGACUCUGAUGAAGUAUUUACUAUCACUAAGCCCCCCGUUACUUUAUUACCUAAGCCAUCCACUCCUGAUAUUACUAUAUCGGAUACAAUAGAAACUCCACUGUCUCAAUCUAAUAUUAAUUCUUUUUCUACCACACAAAAUAUUGAAUCCGACGUUAGGAUUGAACAUAAACUACAAGAAAAUAUUGAACCAUCUUUUGAUUAUAAAUCACUGCGGCCGGAGGACAUCCGAGUACCAUCAGAGAAAUCGAAAAUAACAAUUAUAUCAGCUGUAGCUAAUCAAAGAAAACUAUUAAGAGGUUCUAUAGAAGAACAAGAGUAUUUUGGUGAAGUUCUUAUUGGAAUCAAGCAAGUAAUACAGGGUCAUUUACACGAAGUUCAAGGAAAAUUUCAAGAGAGGUUCAACAGUUUAGAAAAUGAAGUACGCAAACGCGACGAAAUAAUUGGACAGCUUCAGAACCGCAUACAAGAGCUGGAAAGGCUUGGACUAUCAACAGUACCAACAAGAAUUGACGAAGCAAAUUCAGAUGAGCAACAUUCAAAUGGAAGUAAUGUACUUAGGCAACAGCAAUCAAAAAAUACUAGUUCUGGAAGUGACGAUAAUUUAUCUGGCGUGGAUGAAGGAUUUAUGAGAGGUGACUCUUUAGAUACAGUAUUUACAUCAUCACCACCUGAAGUAACUGACGAGAAUCCCAAACUAUUAGAUCAAGAAAUGGUAUCAAAACAAGCCGAAGAAUCAGCGACUAGUGAAGAAUUGACAGAAGAAACACUAACAGAAAUCACAGAAGGAAUAGAGUUGUCGAAGCUAUCGUAUUCAGAACUACAAAGUUUAGCAGAUUCAUUAUCGAAUAGAGCAAGCAAAGCAUCUAGUAAAGAAGACUGGACUGUUAGCAAAUCAAAACGUUUAGAUUUAAAUCUAGAUGGAAAGGCUGGAACGUAUUCGAGAAAACGGGCUGAGAAAUUGAAACAUAGAAAAUCUUGGGAUGAUGAAAGCAAUCAAGAGACUUUAGAGUUGCAAGAUCUAACCAGACCAUUAUCGCCGCAUACAACAUCCGAGGAUCGUUCCCUUUUGAGUCCAGAACAAUCAAGUCUCCGUACUAGCAGACGAGGAAUACAUCCUUUCCAAUUUUUCGGCACACAUCUAGAUAACACUAAGAGUAAAAUAAAGAAAACUCUAUCCGUGGACACAGGGAUGCAUCAUACGGGACGAAAAGAUAUAAAACAUAGAUCACACAGGCAGCAACGCAAAUUUAGCCUGGGAUCAUUUUUUGGUUACAACCGUGGAGCCACUCCAAAAUCCUCAAACUGCAAUGAUGUGGUGCUGGAUAUGGGCAGUGAUCUUAGCUGGAGUGAGAGUACAUCAACAUCAUCGAGUAGCGAUUCUGAGUCUGUACCACGCACCCCGGUGUUCGAAGAAUUUGUCGACAGUAGCUCAAAGCGAGGCCGUGGUUUUUCUACUCAUGGAAAUGAAUCACCUAUUAGAGCUUUCGCUGGCAGUGGAAGCGAUUGGGAAGUAAUGAUGCUGGCUGAUGAAUUAGAAAAGAGAGAACGAGAAAAAGAGAGAGAUGACGGCAGGCGACACCACUACCCAUCAACUUUAAGAGAUCUUGAAGAGGAAUCCGAUACCCCACAGCGUGAAGACAGCCCCGACGACCUGUCCAACAUGGAUGACUCGAGUUCUACAACACAACUCCUGUCUCAGACGAGUGACACUUCGCACCGGUCACUGGAGACAUCGUUCACCGACGCUGGGAGACGACAUCAGCGCGUCGGCUCACUUGGAGAACAGACGUUACCAGGGUCAUCUUUAUUACCAUCCAGAGGUCUCAUAUUACGAGCAGCAAGUUUGGAUCGUGACACCCCAUCAACAGUCCCCGGUGGUAGGCGAUACGGCUCCCUUAAAAGUUCAAGUAGCGAAUCCCAUAAAAAGCUCUGAUCCGUUGAAUUUCAAGACCCACUAAGAACUGAAGACAUCAAAAAAACGCAAUGUUGUAAAGAAAACAUAGCACAUAAUCAAAAUGUAAAUGUAGCAAAUAAAAAUCCUAAAACUCCUGGUCCAAACAUUAGUAAUUAUGAUAGAAAUAGAAAUGAUAUUAAACAUUAUAAUUCCGGUCUAAAGAAUGGAUUGGAUAGAAAAUAUAAAAUGCCUAGUGGGUCUGUUAAUCAAGAUGAUCACGAAGGAUCACUAAAUCGACUUGACGUUACAGGUCAAUUAAUUAUAAUUAUCGUAACAGUGGAUGAUAACACAUAUUUUAUAGUUAUAUAUUUCUCUGUGUAAUAUUUCCGUAUUGUCAUAGGUAUGUAAUGUACAUGUAUGUAACUUAUUUCAUAAUUUAUUAAUUUUUAAUUAAAGCUAAGUAAUGAAAUGAAUGAAUAAUGAAUAUAAAUGAAAUUAAUGUUUUUUGAAAUAUAUGUGCACAAAAUAUUUAUCUUUACUUUGAAUUAAAAAAUAAACAGAAGAUAAAAGUCAAGGCCGCCCCUAUAAACGCUGGCUUGCCAUUCGAAGCGCCGACUUAAAGCCAAAAAAGUCUUAAAAAUCGGAUGCGGGAAAUAGGUCUAAUAUUAUACUUAGUUCGCCGAUUGGUUAGUGUUAAAGUGAGUCAGUGAAUAAGAAAAUAAAAACAGAAUUAUUUAAGUUAGUUUAGUUAUGCUAUUCAUUUAUGAAAAAAUCAAAUAAUAAAAUAACAUAGCAAGAUUUAGUAUAAAUAAUGAUGAUAAUGAUCAUAAUGAUGAUCUACCGGAUUUAAUUUAUUUUUAUAGAUUAUAGAAUAAUUAAGCAUAAAAUGAAUUAAAUUCCUUUUUAUUUAUACUUAAUAUAAAAUAUUUUAAGCAUUCAUAAGAUGAAGCACAAUGUUUUAAAUAGAAAUAAAGAUACAAUAUAAAUUGUUAGAUUUAAAUAAGUAAUCAUAGUAAAUAGUAUGUCCAACUUUUCUGUAACAUACGUAGUUAGUUAUAUAUAAAAUGAAUAUUAUAAAUAUUUAUCCUAAAUAUCUAUUUAAAAGAAUUAAACCAUUUAUAACAAAAUAGUGCCAAAAAUACUAUUGUAUUUAGAGGUCGGAUAUAAGGAGUGAGUAUUAAAAUAUUUAAUUAGUAAUUUAGACUACCGCCAAGUUUUUUGUUAAUUAAAUAAUUAAGUAACUUGUUAAUUUAAUUCUAACAGUCAAUGAAAUAUACUCAGAGGCACAAUUAUCCUUUAAUAUGACGCGAGUAUAUUAAAGUGGACGGAUAAUUGUGCCUCUGAGUAUAUAAGAACCUACUUAAUAAUCAACUGUCAGUGAUUCUAGGUAUACCUUAGAUAGAGAAAUAAAUAAACUGAUUUGCCUGGCGUUCUCAUUCAAAAGAUACGUAUUCGAUUUUAAACACUUCAUAAAUACCAACCAUUAAUUUUUGCUGCAAGUUGUUCCCACAAAGUUUAUGUAUCUAUAUUGUAUAUUUUUAACGAAAGACAUAAUUUUCAAACGUGUUUGUCCCAUUGCUCUGCUUGGAAACGCCAUGAAGCGUCAUGGCACGGAAUAAUUUACAGAGCCCUCAAUAGAAGGGAAUGCUGGUGCUAUAUUUUUGUCUAUUUACUUCUUUGUCUACGAGGUUUCUAUUUAUAUUUUUAUUAUUAAAAUUUAAAAUAAAACUAUCAAAAUGUUUUAUAUUUUGGAAAAACUUAGAUUAAUGAUUAAAUGAAAUAGAUUAGAUUUAUUUGACUGUUAAUUACAUUACAAAGCUUACGUUUGAAUUAAGUAAAUAAAAUAGGGUUACAUACUUAGAGAGAAAUUAAAUACUAUACCUACCUAUUUACAAAAUUAUUAACCGACCCGAAAAAAAGGAGGAGGUUAUCAAUGCGAGUUUAUGUUUUUAGAUAUUAUUUGAUUUUCAUGCUUACGUAGUUUAUUUACUCUUUAUUUAUGACCAGUUAAAUUCUACUUUUAUUACAUCCGAAAAUAUUCCUAUAAUAUUAAUAUAUUAGUCCAAGUCAAGCAUAAUCUAAUAGCUGUGAAAACCUCAUGAAAAUCAGUCUAAUCUAGUUGUUGAGUGAUGCUUGCUUGAAUCCAAGUGUACAAAAUUUAAUAACAAUAGCGAAUUUAGAGUCCUUUGUUAUAAUAAUUAUAAAAUAUACUUGCUCAUACCUUUAAAAAAAACAUUUUUUUAAAAACUCAUGUUCUGCUAAUUUAUGUAUUCCUAAAUGUUUUCAUAUUUACCUACCAGCAUCAUUUCCUCGGUUACAAUUUUAUAAAUUUUAGUAUUUCAUCUAUAGAUUGCUAAUUAAACUUGUAUGUCUCCACCGGUAGACAUAAUAAUUUGGGGACACGACAGUGUCCUCGCCAAGUCGAGCAUAAUUUUACGUUUUUGCCUAUUUCACCUAUAAUAUUCUCCUUUAUAUUUUCAUAUCUUUUAUUUUUUAAAGUGAAUUUCUUUCGCAUGCUUGACUUAAAGAGUAGGUUGGUGAAUGCGUUACGAAAGUUUUAUUAAUUAGAAAAAUCUGAAAAAGUCUGUGAAGUGAGUGUGCCACACUCACUUCUCAGACAAUGGUUUUAAACGCCAUAUUUUUCUAAUAAAUAAAACUUUUUCGAUUCUGUGAUUUUUUUUUAUUUUUUUUUUUUUUUGUAGUCAUUGUGAAAAUAUCCAAAGUUUUUUUACUUUACGCUUUCGACGAAAGAAUCCCGCUUUUUUCACUCAAAAAGCUUCCCAAAUCCCAACUUGGCGAAAAAAAUCUAGCAACUUUGAAUGCAAUACAGUGAUGUUUGAUGGCAUUUUGAUUUUUAUUUUUGAAUGAAGUUUUACUUCAGUUGUAUGGGCUACAGUACAAUCGUGUUUAAAUUUUAAAUAUUAGUACGACCAGCUGAUCUAUUAACUAGUCUGGUCUGUAUUAACAACCUAUUGAAAUAAACUUCAAAUCAACUGAGAAAUGUCAUCUACCUACUGUAUGAUACGAGCGAAGGGUUGUCAGUUGGUAUCCGAUCACAUUUGUUACUCAAAAUCUCAAUUUCGUUUAAGUUAACUAACUUUAGAAUGCUGUUAUUUUUGCAUGAUGUGACUAAUUUUAAGUAAAACUACACGUGUAGUGCUCAGCGCUAGCCUAGUUUUUAAAAUUGUUCAAUUCUGUGUACACAUAAUGAAUUUGUUGGUGGUCCAUAUAUAUAUAAAUAAAUAUUAUAGCCUGACUAAAAACCUAAAAACCCAUGCCUGGGGGCGUCACAUUUUUUUAUUGAAACACUUUAAAAGGUAAUAAAAAAAUUGUUCUAUUUUAUUCCUCAAGCUCAGGAUUUUAGUUUUCUGAUCUGGCUAAUGGGUACAAAAUUAGUUUUUUUUUGUUCUCAUCUUUAAGAAUUCUUUUAGAAAACAAAAACUACCCAAAAAAGUUUCAACUUACACUAAAAGGAAUAAUUCUGACUAUCUAAUAGUGCAGUCUUAGUAGGUACUAUAUAAAUACGGUGUUGUUUUUAUUUUUUUUUAAGUUCACUAACUACUUUGUUCCUAUUUAACCCGAAUUUUAUAAAAUAUAAAAUUAAUUUGCUUAAUAGUAAAACUUUUUGGCUAGUUUGUAGUGAUAACAAUCAGUAGGUAAUCAAUGACGGUGCUUAUUAUAUGAUCCCAUCCAAUAGUAAAUUAUUUAUUUAUCAAAUUAAAAAACCAAUUAUGUUCGACCAUAGUCACAAAUGUAGGAAUUUGUAUUCGAAAUUUGAAUUACUCAUAGAGUUUCAUUUAUGUUCGACCAUAGUCACAAAUCUAAGAAUUUGUAUUCGAAAUUUGAAUUACUCAUAGAGUUUCAUUUAUACCUAGCCAUUUAGUAAUUGCCAAAAUAAAGGUCCAUAACUCGCUUGUAGAUUUCCAUUGGUGGUGAAAAUUUCUAAAACAGUGCAGUAGCCAUUCAUUACGAACAAAAAAAUCAUUCUCUUUAUAACAUUAUUGUACCAACUUGUAGAUAAAAAUAAAUUUCUACCAGGUUUACUUCUAGCUCCCUCAAAAUGCAAAUUGCAAUGAUAGACCAGUAAUGGGCUUGUCUUAUUUGACUACUGAUAAUCGCCCUUUUUUAUAGAAGAGAGGAAGAGUGUUUCAUACCCACAGAAUAAAGAUGAUCCAGAAUGAGUUUUUACAAGCAGCGUGGUGAAGCCGGUGAAACCCACAAGGGUCACGCGUCUCCUUGACUUCCGAAUAUAUAAACUCUUUUCAUAAUUUGUAUUUCAAAAUGUAACACUAAAAAUAAUUACGGAAAUUAAUAAAAUAAUCAAUAAUUACCAAUAAAAAUACUCCAUCCAAUUUAGUUUCUGCGAACAGUUUUUAGAAUACUUAAAAACAUAAGACGCCAUUUUUCUUGAAUAAUUUUGAAAGUUACUGAUGCGACGCUUCGUGUCGUACUGACUCGAGAAUGUAUUCGUUUUUUUAAUUUUGUAUAUGGAGCGGCUACGACACCGUCGUGUUCCGUGCGCUCUAUCUGCCUAAUUAAUCCAUACCUGUAAAUUGAUUGACAAUGGUAAUGUCUAGGGAAAAAAUCCCUUGAAAAAGCUUUACUUAGCAAAGCUAAUGGGUCAAUUAUCAACGAUCAACUUGAACCUAUGUGUGAUUUUCUAUAUAUAAUGAAAAUACAUGAUUCGUUUUUGAAUAUUGUCAAUACCUUUCUUUUUAUUAAAGUAGGUACACAAGGAAGUAGCAAAAGGGUGGGCUUCUACCUAAUCGAGUUACUGCAACUCUGAUGAUAUUACUUUUUUUUAACUACAUAUUCUUAAUCCUCCAUAAUAUUGACUACUCGAAGAUAAAAUUUCGUAUAUCGCUUGCCGGAUAUCCAGUUCUUAUUUUAACUUCUAAUGCAUACCAGUGUCGUGCACAGGGUCUUUAACUAGAGUAGGCACUGUAGGAAGAAAUUGUUCUAAAUGGAAAUCCUCCUCCAGGUUGGUAAUAAUCAGUUCAGGUAUGCAGUGCAUUUUUGCCUGUAUGAAGUGCACGCCACUGAUACCAUUUUUGACCAUACUUCAGUAGGUGUUACUGAUUUUUUUAGCACAAAAUUAUUUUAUGAAAACCUCUAUUUUAAUGAUGUAAAUAUAGUCUAAGUUAGCAAUUCUGAAUUAUCUACUUCAAUGAUUUAAAAAUUAUAAAUAUUAUGUUUAAAUUAUUUUGGUGAGCAGCUUUAUGUUAUUAAAGCACAGUCAAUAGUGUAAAGUAGUUUAAUAAUAAUAUCAUGUUAUUUAUCUAGAUGUAAUUAUUGUUAAUAAAAAAUAUUAUAUUACCAAAUAAAGACA